AAGAUGGCGGCCGCUGCGGUUUGAAUUCCAGCGGCGCCGCCGGAGUCCGAACAAGAGCUGGGUUGGAGGGGGCGGGGACCUGGGGAGCCGGGCGGGUCGCGAUCCCGUGGGGGAAGCAGUGGCGCCGUCGCUAGACACCAGCGCCACCACCUCCUUUGUGUCCACGAUGGACUCGGUGUUGGAAGAAGACGUCACCCUCCCCGGGACGCGUAGCGGCUGCAGUGGCCUUGCUCUCGGUGUGCCAGAUGACCCGGAAGGCAUCAGCCCUGAUCCUGGUUCGGGAAACGGUGUGCUCCCAAACGUGUCGGAAGAAAAGGUGUCUCCCACCAGAGCGCGGAACAUGAAGGACUUUGAAAACCAAAUCACUGAACUGAAGAAAGAAAACUUUAACCUAAAGCUCCGCAUCUAUUUCCUCGAGGAAAGCCUGCAGCGGGAGCGUGGCGGCCGCACGGAGCGUGCCUGCAAAACUAACAUCGAGCUCAAGGUGGAAGUAGAGAGCCUGAAGCGGGAGCUGCAGGAGAGAGAGCGGCUGCUCAUCAAAGCCUCCAAAGCAGUUGAGAGCCUCGCCGGAGGGGGCGGCUCUGAAGUUCAGCGGGUGAAGGAAGAUGCUCAGAAGAAGGUCCGCCAGGUCGAAGAUGUCCUAACCAAGAGGAUACACCUCUUAGAAGAGGAUGUGAAAGCCGCCCAAGCAGAAAUGGAAAAGGCCUUUGCUGGGACAGAAUCAGAGAAGGCUCUGCGACUGAGCUUGGAAAGCAAGCUUUCAGAGAUGAAGAAGAUGCGCGAGGGGGACCUGGAGAUGGCUGCGGUCCUGGAAGGGAAGGACAGACUGAUUGAGGAGUUGAAGCUGUCUUUGAAGAGCAAAGAUGCUUUAAUUCAGUGCCUUAAAGAGGAGAAAUCUCAGAUGGCAUCUCCUGAUGAAACUGUGUCGUCUGGAGAACUCCAAGGACUUUCUGCUGCUCUGAGGGGAGACGGGGAGGGCGAGGCUGAGGCUGCACAGAUGGAGCGGGAAAAGGAGAGAAGUCGCUUUGAAGAGAGAAUCCAGGCACUUCGGGAGGACCUGAGGGAGAAGGAAAGAGAAAUCGCUACGGAAAAGAAAAAUAGUUUAAAGAGGGAUAAAGCCAUUCAGGGUCUAACCAUGGCAUUAAAGGCGAAGGAAAAAGAGGUUGAAGAACUUAACUCUGAAAUCGAAGAGCUCAGUGCUGCCUUUGCUAAAGCCAAAGAAGCCCCCCAGAAAGCACAGACCCAGAAAUUCCAGGGGUCUGAAGAUUACGAGGCCGCUCUGUUAGAAAAGGCAACCCUUUUGGCUGAGCUGCACUCAGAAAACCUCAGCAAGAGCACAGAGAACCACAGACUGCGAAGGAGCAUUAAGAAGGUCACCCAGGAGCUGAGCAACCUGCAGCAGGAACGGGAGAGGCUGGAGAAGGCGCUGGAGACAGCCCGCCAAGAGAGGAGCAAGGGAGACCACACCAUCCACGACCUUAGAAAUGAAGUUGAGAAAUUACGCAAUGAAGUGAAUGAAAGAGAGAAAGCAGUGGAGAAUUGUUACAAGAGUCUGUUGAGUGAAAGCAAUAAAAAAUUGCAGAGUCAAGAGCAAGUGAUCAGAAGCCUCAGAGAAAGCGCCGCUCAGAAGGACUUGUUGCUUCAGAAGUUCAAUGGAAGAGAUCUGGAAGCAGCACGGCAGAACUGUGGCUUAGUGCCAAUGGAGGAGCCCGAGUCCGGGAGUGAAGACGUGAUAACAGAAAAGUGCUCUUCUCAGUCACCAGGCGGCAAAAGCAUCUUCUCAGAGGAAAAGCAACAAUUAAGCUAUGAAGAGCUGAUUCAGGUCGUAAAGAAAGAACGGGACAUCUAUACACGCCUGGUAAAAUCUCUGCAGGACUCAGACAGUGUCAGCGCCCUGCAGGCUGAGUUGAGCAGUGUCUUUGCCCUGCGGAAGCGGCUGGAGUGGGACGUGCUCUCGUACCAGCACCUGCGGAAGGCCCUGGAGGAGCAGAUCAGCGAGAUCCGGCGGCGGGAAGAAGAAACAUUUUCAUUUUAUAGUGAUCAAACAUCUUACCUGAGUAUUUGCCUUGAAGAACACAAUCGGCUUCACGUGGAACAUUUUUCUCAAGAAGAGCUUAAGAAAAAGGUCAGCGACCUUAUCCAGCUGGUGAAGGAGCUGUACGCGGACAACCAGCACCUGAAGAAAACCAUUUUUGAUCUCUCCUGCGUGGGUUUCCCAGGAGACAACAAGCCUGAGUCAGUAGAUCAAACAGAGCUUCUGGCUAGCAAGGAGGACGAGGACUCAACCAGAACUGGAGAGGAGGACGAGAGUAAUUUGCUGAGUGACGAGUGUCUGGAGCAGCGUCACAAGACUAUGGAGGACAGUUCCAAAGGGGGCUGCAAAAAUGGAUAUUUAAGGCACGCUGAUUCCAGUAUCUUAGACUACGGUGGAGCACACACGUCCGGCGGCCCUGGAGACCAGGGUCUGGAAGAAGGCGAGCUCGUGAGCCUGCUCGCCCCGCUCUUCGGCGAGAAGGCUGUGUGGUUCCUGGAAUCCAGGCCAGAUCUUCUGAAAGUGCUCCGUGAACUGCUUCUGGAGCAGAUGCGCUUGACGGAACAGGAGGCUACGGGAGAACACCUUGAUGGUAAAACGGAGAAGAUGCUGAGGCAGGUGGCCAUUCAGCUAAGAGGUGAAUUUGGACAUUUCAUCCAAGCCAGCUCGUCUCCCAUGCCACCUGAUGAGCUGCAGUGGCCUCGGGCAGUCCAGCUGGCACAGGGGGCUGAGGCGUCCAAAGCGGAGCAGAAAGAUGCCUCCGUGCAGACCUCGGCCGUGGAGGGCGACACCCUCAGAUGCGGACACGAGGGCCCGAGAGAGGCUUGGGAGGAGCAACUGGCAGACGCCGUGUUCAGUGCUGGACGUCGGCCGGAAGAGCCGUGCAGGAUGCUGGGGCGGCAGGCCCCCGCCCCCGCCUUCCCCAGGAGGACCGAGAGAGAUGCGAAGAAGUCGCGCCUGCCUGUCCUGAUAAAACCGUCGCAAUCGCUGGGAGGCGUGUGCCGGCUCCCUGCCUCCCAGGAGGCGGUGGCCCACCUGCAGGCCCAGGUCCUGAAGCUGCAGGGGGAGCUGAAGGAGUUGAAAAUCCGCAACAAGCAGCUUCACCAAAAGUUAAUUCUGGCGGAAACAAUGACAGAGGGGCGGCCUGCGCCAGAGGAAGUGCUCCCGAAAGCCCAGAACCUCGUGGGAACAGCCUACCAGGACGGGCCGGGAAAGCAGGGAGGCCUGGAAGCCACGCCCCGCGUCUGGAGAGACAGGGAAGGGGACGAGGAGCAGCAGGCCGCCCACAAGCCCAGCCAGCAUUCACCCCCUGUGCCUGCCGACCAGCUGCUGUGUGCCGGGCACCAUUUGGGGGUUUCAUACUCUGAAGUUUACCAGCCAGAUGACCCAGGCGUCUUGCCACCAGGCGACAAAGAUCCCUCUGAAGACUUCCCAGGCCCACCUUCAGCAGCUACACACUUGAGUUCCAACAGUCAGUUUUCCACUAAAGUCAGUGUGGUUGGGACCAACCCACUGGAGAACACCGAUACCUCAAAUGAUAAAGAAAACUUAGAACGGAAAAUCUGUGACCUGGAAACGGAGCUCGAGGGCUACCGGAGCUUCAUCCUGCAGCUGCAGAAGCACUCCGGGUUCAGCGAGGCCAUCAUUACGGUCUUGUGUGGGACAGAAGGGGCCCAGGGCGGCCUGAGCAAGUCCAAGGGCAGAGCCGACGAGGAAGAAAUGGCCUUCUCGAGUUUGCGCCAGGUCCGUUACGUGAAACACAUGGAGAUCCUGCACCCUCUGGCACCAAAGAUGAUGGACGGUGGGGCGCUGGGGAGCCUCGGCCAGCAGUUGGUGGGCCAGGAGUACGAGCUGCAGAAGGAGCAGAAUUUGAACAUGGAGCUUUUUGGUGGAAUCCGUAACCUGCGGAAUAAGAUCAGAGACCUCUCACCCUCCAGGUACGAUUCAUUAGUUCAGGCCCAAGCCAGGGAACUCUCCCUCCAACGACAGCAGAUCAAGGACAGCCACAGCAUCUGCGUCGUCUAUCGUCAGCACGUGAACACCAUGAUCAAGGCGUUUGAGGAGCUGCUGCAGGCCAGCGACGUGGACCUCUGCGUGGCCGAGGGCUUCCGGGAGCAGCUGCACCAGUGCGCGGCGCUGCUGGGGCAGCUGGAGCAGCUGUUUCUCAAGGGAAAUUCAGCUGAAGUGGAAAUGAAAACCCAGAGAGAAGCGAGAGAGUGGGCUGAAGAAGAUGGCUUCACACACCAGCACGUUCUCCCCGAGUCUCCCGCGCCCUCGGCCUGUUGCGUGGCGUCCGACUGUGGACUGUCCGAGAAGUCCUGCUCCUCACAAGACCAGAAGCAAGACAGCGAGGCGGAGAAGGCAUCGGGCCUGGCAAACAACUUUUCGCAAGACUUACUGAUGGAACAUAUACAAGAAAUUCGAAGUUUGAGAAGACGUUUAGAGGAAUCUAUUAAAACAAAUGAGAAGCUACGGAAACAGCUGGAACGACAAGGGACUGAAUGUGACCAAGGUUCUUCAAACAUUUUGGGUUAUGGUCCAGAGGUCCACAAUUCUCUGACAUCAGAAGUACGUUUCCUGAGGAAGCAGAACCAGGCCCUCAAUACGAUGCUCGCUAAAGGAUCCAGAGAUAAACAGAAGGAGAACGAGAAGCUGCGCGAGGCCCUCUCCAGGAAGGCCGCCAGCCUGGAGCACCUCCAGGGGGAGCUGGCCGCUGUGCAGGCGGAGAAGGAGCGGCUGCAGAGAGAGGCAGACGGGAAGGAGAGUGAGAACCAGCGGCUGCUUCAGGAGGCAUGCCACGGCCGCAGGGCGCUGAGCAGGCUGCAGGAGGAGUCGGCGUUGAGGCAGCAGCUGCUCUUGCAGAGCGACAAGCUCCUGAGGGCCCUGCGGGCAGAGCUGAAGGUGUAUGAGAAGCUGGACCAAGAGCAACGGAGGCCGCGAGAGGCUGGUGUGGAGGCGUCAAGAGAAGGCUGGAGGGGCCAGGACCUCCUGGACCACCUGCACAGCCUCCUGGCCGAGGUCCAGGCUCUGCAGGCGUUGCUGGAGAAAAGCAUCAAGACCAACAUGACGCUGCAGAGCUGGGUGGAGGAGCGGCUGGUGCAGGAUGGGGAAAAGGCCCGGGAAGCUGCUCUCGCUUUGGCUCUGCAGAGCCUGUCCUCCCCUGAGCAGCCCCUGCCGCUGGAUGAGCCGGAUGGUGACAAGUGUCCCGUGGCAACUGACAAUUCAUGUGAUCUGUUUGAUCCCACCCCAGCAACGCCCCCAAGAUCAGCUUCAGAGAUGCCUGCGCUCUCCGGAAGUGACGUGGACGCCCUGUCCUGCGACAGCGGCAGGUCCGUUGUCAGCGCCUCCUGCGCGUCCUCCCUGGUCCCCAGCCACCACCUCUGGGCCAGCAGGAGCGGCCGUCACGUGCUGGGCCUGGCCGAGGACUACGAUGCCCUGUGUGAGCAGAUUGGCCAGGGCCAGACGCUCCUCGCCGAGGUGGACCUUCGGAUCCGAGAGGCUCCUGGCCCCAUCAGUCAGGAGCUGGUAACCAAGGGUCCACACGCGGCGCCCCCGAGCUGCUCUGUCACCGGCGUGAGCUCUGCCAGGCGGAUGCUGGACGAGGCCGCGAGGUUGCUGGUGCGUUUCUGGAAGGUCUCGCUGCCCACCGACGGCCAGUGCACGCUCCACUGCGAACAGAUGGGAGAACUGAAGGCAGAGAUCAGCAAACUCCACAAAAAACUGUUUGAACAAGAAAAGAAGUUGCAUAACACCCUGAAGCUGUUGCAACUGAGCAAGAACCAGGAGAAGGUCAUCUUUGACCAGUUGGUCGUGACACACGAGGUCCUUCGGAAGGCCAGAGGGAACCUGGAGCUCAGGCCUGGGAGUGCCCACCCUGGAACGUCCAGUCCCAGCCGACCAGGCUCCUGAGGAGAACUUUGAGCCAAUAAAGCUUGGGGUUCCCGCUGA